AUGCCUUCCCAUCUCUCUGUCCUCGCAGCCAUCGGUGGCCUGCUCACGUUCGGACAUGCCCAAAACUCGUCAGCCCCAGCCUCAAGCACAUCGACGUACUCACAGCCCAAUGUACCUACUGGAGUCCCGAUUUCAGGCGAUUACGAUGAGCCGCUUCGACCUCAAGUGCAUUUCAGCCCGCCUGCUGGAUUCAUGAACGAUCCGAAUGGCUUGUACGUGGACGAAGACGGAGUCUACCACCUCUACUACCAAUAUAACCCGACCGAGAACAUCGCAGGAAACCAACACUGGGGCCACGCGACCAGCAAAGACCUGUACACAUGGACUAAUCAGCCCAUCGCCAUCUUCCCCGGUGGUCCAACCGAGGGCGUUUUCUCCGGAUCUGCCGUCAUCGAUCACAACAACACCAGCGGCUUCUUCCCAAAUCAAACCAACGGUGUAGUCGCCAUCUACACUAUCAAUGUUCCCGAGAACCAGACUCAGCACAUUGCCUACUCCCACGACAAUGGAUAUUCUUUCACUAAGUACGAGAACAACCCCGUCAUCGUUCCCGGUGGAACCAACCCCACUCAAUUCCGUGACCCGAAAGUCAUCUGGUACGAGCCUACUGAGAGCUGGGUCAUGGUCGUGGCUUACCCCAUCGACUUCAAGAUCGGCAUUUUCACAAGCCCUAACCUGAUCGACUGGACUCCCACCAGCAACUUCUCCAGCUACGGCAUCACCGGUCUGCAGUACGAGUGCCCGAACAUGGUUGAGAUGCGUGUGCAGAACUCCACUAGCGACGAGUCCAAGUAUGUCAUGUUGAUUUCCAUCAACCCAGGAGCUCCUCUCGGCGGAUCCAUCACGGAGUACUUCGUCGGUAACUUCAACGGCACGCAUUUCGAAGCUGAUGACGCCCGAACACGCCUCACGGACUUCGCCAAGGACAACUACGCCGGUCAGUUCUUCUAUGGUAUCCCCACCGACGAAGACCAGGUUACGCUCAACUGGGCAAGCAACUGGCAGUACACCAACGUCGUUCCCACUGCUGGCGAGGAAGUAGGCGAUGGCUUCCGCAGCGUCAUGACCGUACCCCGAGGCCACUACCUGAAAGAUCUACCCCGCCAGGGUCUGUCUUUGAUCUCGUACCCCUCCAACAUCAUGUCGAUCGUGGAAGAGGAGCUCGCUUCCAGUGAAAUCACCGGUAACGGCACUGCAUUCGUAGACUACUCCACCGUCGAGUCGGGCGCACUUUACUUUGAAGUCAAUGUCACGGGGCUCACUGGCGGCCCUUCGCUCGCGGGAUCUAUUAGCUUUACCUUCCAGUCUUCGGUUUCCGGCGAGUCGAUCUCAGGUGGAACCUUCCUCUCAUCUGGUGAUGUUUGGCUCGACCGUGGCAAGACUGAGGCCUUCCAGAGCCCAUACUUCAACGACAAGUUCACUGCCACCGGUCUUUACGACGAUAGGCAGGGCUCAUGGAAGAUCUCGGGUAUCAUCGACAGGAGCAUUAUUGAGGUCUUCCUGAACGAAGGCGAGCUUGGUGCGACCGCAGUCUUCUUCCCUACGCAACCGCUCGACACGAUGAUGCUGAGGGUGGCGGGCUUGAACGAAACAGUAACCGCCAGUGUUGGCGUUUGGUCUUUGAAGGCUGCUUGGUUAAACCAGGCCGAUGCCAACGGCACAGUUUCCGGUAACACGACCGACGGUAGCAGCGCAAUGCUGGGCUCCGCAAAGCUCUUCUAA